GUCCCAGGGAGAGGGGAAGGUGACUCUAUUCUAGAAUCUGGCAGGAAGGUGACCUCCACUCCACCACCAAGGACCAGGAGUGAUAGACAGCAGGCACAUCUUAGGCAGCAACGAUUUGGUAGGGCUGUGAUUCGAGACCACAGCGAUUCUGGGACGGCUGUGAUUGAUUUCAGGAUGGCUGUGAUUUCAGGACGACUGUGAAUGCACAAUGAAAAGACAACAAGGAGUCAGAUGGGUCCAAGACACUGCCCAGACUCGAUGCCCUAGACAAUGCCCACCUACAGACUGUUCUCCCAUCAAGCCAUGGCUGUGAUGGCGCUGCUCAUAGCUCUCUGGCUCCUGAUAUCUCAUCUCCUGCCCUCGAGCAGGGUAUGGGGCACUGGGACGUGGUCUCUGAGUGGGGCCUUCCAGCCAAGCUCUAAGCUCACGGUCCUCAUCUGGCACUGGCCCUUUAACAAGUCUUUACCAUUAGAUGGCGAUGUCUGUGCUCACUAUGGUGUGGUCAACUGCUGGCUCAGCACCAACCAUAGCCUCCUGAGCCAGGCUGACAUCGUUGUCUUCCACCACCAUGAACUCCAGAAUGGGGCUGUCCGGCUGCCUUUGGCUCACAGGCCCCUCAGGCAGCCUUGGGUGUGGACUAACCUGGAGUCUCCAAGCAAUACUCAUGGGCUUUCCCGUUACCAUAACAUUUUCAAUUGGGUCAUGACCUACCGGAGGGACUCUGACAUCUUUGUGCCUUAUGGAGAGCUGGUGCCCCGGCAUGGGCCUGCUCCCCCUGUGCCAACUAAGAACCGGAUGGCUGCCUGGGUCAUCAGUAACUACCAGCGGACCCAGAAGCGAGUGGUACUAUACAACCAAUUAUCUAAACAUCUUCAGGUGGAUGUAUUUGGCCGUGCCAACAAGAAACCACUCUGCCCAGACUGCCUCUUGCCCACUCUUGCCCCCUACCGAUUCUACCUGGCAUUUGAGAACUCUCAGCACCGGGACUACAUCACUGAGAAGUUAUGGAGAAAUGCCCUGGGUGCAGGGGUCGUGCCUGUGGUACUAGGUCCUCCUCGGUCUACCUAUGAGGCCUUUUUGCCAGCUGAUUCCUUUGUCCAUGUGGAUGACUUCAGCUCAGCCCAGGAACUGGCCACCUUCUUGAAGAGCAUGAAUGCCAGUCGUUACCAACGCUUCUUUGUAUGGCGUGAAAGGUUAGCUGUGAGGCUCUACAGUGACUGGAGGGAGCGGUUCUGUGGCAUUUGUGUCCGCUACCCCCAUCUGUCCCAGGACCAGAUCUAUAGAGACUUAGAGGCCUGGUUUAAAUCAUGAUGACCAGAGCUGACCUGGCUAGCUGCUAAAUUCUUCCCCAACCAUAAAGGUUAUGGUGAAAUGUAGGGCUGCCAUUUGGGACUAGAAGUCUGCCCCCAGAGACUUUCCCUGGAUGGACCCUGGAUCCCUGGGGUACCUCCUUGUGACACCAUGAGGAGAGACAGGGCCUAAUGUUUGGCCUCUUCCUCUUCUCUUCACCCUUUUUACUCCUAUUCCUCUUCCCUCUGUUACUAAACCAGACUCCUGAAAAAUAACACUAAACUUGGGAGUCAGAAAACUUGAAUUUAAGUCCAGGCUGGACCACUGACUGGAUAUAUGACCUUGGACAAGUCACUCCUGUCUGGGGCUCAAUUUCCCAUUCAUGCAAUGGAAAAGUUGAGAUGAUAAUAUCUCUCACAGCUCUAAUAUUGUAACAUUGAGUCCUCCUGCACACACACACACACACACACACACACACACACACACACACACGCACAGGUGUAUAUGUGUGUGUGUGUGUGUGUGUGUAUGUGUGUGGUGAUGGGGCACUCUGUGGUGAUUUUUAUCAGCAUUUCUGUAACUGAGUGGCAUUGCUAUAAAAUGAGAACUUGAAUCCUAUGUGUUAUGUUGUGCAAGGGGCUUUUAAGAGAAGAUGGAUUCUCAGUAUGAGUGAAAACUAAUUCAUUGAUGUCAUACUCAUACCUGCCAUAUAGUGGUAAAGGAAACACAAUACACAAAUAAAAACCUCAGAGCUUGAA